AUGGAGCCGUCCUCACCCCAGGAUGAGGGCCUGAGGAAGAAACAGCCCAAGAAACCUGUCCCUGAGAUUCUGCCGAGGCCACCCCGAGCCUUGUUCUGCUUGACUCUUGAGAACCCCCUGAGGAAGGCCUGCAUCAGCAUUGUGGAAUGGAAACCCUUUGAGACCAUCAUCUUGCUCACCAUCUUCGCCAACUGUGUGGCCCUGGCAGUGUACCUGCCCAUGCCUGAAGAUGAUAACAACACUCUGAACCUUGGCCUGGAGAAACUGGAAUACUUCUUCCUCAUUGUCUUCUCCAUUGAGGCUGCCAUGAAGAUUAUAGCCUACGGCUUCCUAUUCCAUCAGGAUGCGUACCUACGCAGUGGCUGGAACGUGCUGGACUUCAUCAUUGUCUUUCUGGGUGUCUUCACUGCGAUUCUGGAACAAGUUAACAUUAUUCAAACCAACACGGCCCCCAUGAGCAGCAAAGGAGCUGGCUUGGAUGUGAAGGCCCUGCGAGCUUUCCGCGUGCUCAGACCCCUUCGGCUGGUGUCAGGGGUGCCCAGCCUUCAGGUCGUCCUCAACUCCAUCUUCAAGGCCAUGCUCCCCCUGUUCCACAUUGCCCUGCUUGUCCUCUUUAUGGUCAUCAUCUACGCCAUCAUUGGACUGGAGCUCUUCAAGGGCAAGAUGCACAAGACUUGCUACUUUAUUGGGACGGACAUUGUGGCCACAGUGGAGAACGAGAAGCCAUCACCCUGUGCUAGAACUGGCUCUGGGCGCCCCUGCACCAUCAAUGGCAGUGAGUGCCGAGGGGGCUGGCCGGGACCCAACCAUGGCAUCACCCACUUCGACAACUUUGGCUUCUCUAUGCUCACCGUGUACCAAUGCAUCUCCAUGGAGGGGUGGACCGAUGUCUUAUACUGGGUCAACGAUGCCAUCGGGAAUGAGUGGCCCUGGAUCUAUUUCGUCACCCUCAUUCUGUUGGGCUCCUUCUUCAUCCUCAACCUGGUGCUGGGUGUCCUGAGCGGGGAAUUCACCAAGGAGAGGGAGAAGGCCAAGUCCAGGGGAACCUUCCAAAAGCUCCGGGAGAAGCAACAGCUGGAGGAGGACCUUCGUGGCUACAUGAGCUGGAUCACACAGGGCGAGGUCAUGGACGUGGAGGACCUGAGAGAAGGCAAGCUGUCUUUGGAUGAAGGGGGUUCAGACACAGAGAGCUUGUAUGAAAUCGAAGGCUUGAACAAAAUCAUCCAGUUCAUUCGGCACUGGAGGCAGUGGAAUCGUGUCUUCCGCUGGAAGUGCCAUGACCUAGUGAAAUCCAAGGUCUUCUAUUGGCUGGGGAUCCUGAUCGUUGCCCUCAACAACCUGUCUAUUGCCUCAGAGCACCAUAACCAGCCACUCUGGCUGACCCAUUUGCAAGAUGUCGCCAACCGCGUGCUGCUGGCCCUCUUCACCAUUGAGAUGCUGAUGAAGAUGUAUGGGCUGGGCCUGCGCCAGUAUUUCAUGUCCAUCUUCAACCGCUUUGACUGCUUUGUGGUGUGCAGUGGCAUCCUGGAGAUUCUGUUGGUGGAGUCAGGAGCCAUGACGCCGCUGGGCAUCUCUGUGCUCCGUUGCAUCCGUCUCCUGAGGCUAUUCAAGAUCACCAAAGCUUCGUCCUGGCUCCCACCCACUCACUGCCCCGACUGCAGCCACACUUUCCUGGCCUCCAGCGGGGGACUGUAUUGCCUGGGUGGAGGCUGCGGGAACGUUGUAAUUUCAGGCCGCAUGAGCCUGUUCUCCCUGCCCUGCAGCUUGCAUGCUGAGCUGGCUGCAUGGAUCGACCCAGAUGAGAGCGCCCGCAUCUCCAGUGCCUUCUUUCGCCUGUUCCGGGUCAUGAGACUGAUCAAGCUGCUGAGUCGGGCAGAGGGUGUGCGUACCCUGCUGUGGACAUUCAUCAAGUCCUUCCAGGCUCUGCCAUACGUGGCUUUGCUCAUUGUCAUGCUCUUCUUCAUCUAUGCGGUCAUUGGCAUGCAGAUGUUCGGGAAGAUAGCCAUGGUGGACGGGACGCAAAUAAACCGGAACAACAACUUCCAGACUUUCCCUCAAGCUGUGCUGCUGCUCUUCAGGUGUGCCACAGGAGAAGCCUGGCAAGAGAUCCUGCUGGCCUGUAGCUACGGAAAGCUGUGUGACCCAGAGUCGGACUAUGCCCCGGGGGAAGAGUAUACAUGCGGCACCAACUUCGCCUACUACUACUUCAUCAGCUUCUACAUGCUCUGCGCCUUCCUGAUCAUCAACCUCUUUGUGGCUGUCAUCAUGGACAACUUUGACUACCUCACCAGGGACUGGUCCAUUCUGGGCCCUCACCACCUGGAUGAGUUCAAGGCCAUCUGGGCCGAGUACGACCCGGAGGCUAAGGGCAGAAUCAAGCACCUGGAUGUGGUGACCCUGCUAAGGAGGAUCCAACCCCCUCUGGGCUUCGGGAAGUUCUGCCCACACAGGGUAGCAUGUAAGAGGCUGGUGGGCAUGAACAUGCCCCUGAACAGCGAUGGCACCGUCACCUUCAAUGCCACACUCUUCGCCCUGGUACGCACAGCACUCAAGAUCAAGACGGAAGGCAACUUCGAACAAGCAAAUGAGGAGCUGAGAGCCAUCAUCAAAAAAAUCUGGAAGAGAACCAGCAUGAAACUCCUGGACCAAGUCAUCCCUCCAAUAGGAGAUGAUGAGGUGACAGUGGGGAAGUUCUAUGCCACAUUCCUCAUCCAGGAACACUUCAGGAAGUUCAUGAAACGCCAGGAGGAAUAUUAUGGGUAUCGACCUAAAAAGGACACAGUUCAAAUACAGGCUGGAUUACGGACCAUAGAGGAAGAGGCAGCUCCUGAGAUCCACCGUGCUAUCUCAGGAGACCUGACAGCAGAGGAGGAACUGGAGAGAGCCAUGGUGGAGGCUGCCAUGGAGGAGGGGAUAUUCCGGAGGACUGGAGGCUUGUUUGGUCAAGUGGACAACUUCCUGGAAAGGACCAACUCCCUGCCCCCUGUCAUGGCCAACCAAAGACCCCUCCAAUUUGCUGAGAUAGAGAUGGAAGAGCUGGAGUCACCCGUCUUCUUGGAGGAUUUCCCUCAUAACCCAGGCACCCAUCCUCUUGCUCGUGCCAAUACCAACAAUGCCAAUGCCAAUGUUGCCUAUGGCAACAGCAACCAUAGAAACAGCCCGGUGUUUUCCAGCGUCUGCUUUGAAAGGGAAUUCCUGGAAGAGGCAGACACACCUGCUGCCAGAGAACCCUUCAGUCAGCCCUUCGGAGGCUCUGGACCUCAGAACAAAUCCCAUGUGGACAAACCGAAAGGACUGAUGACCCAGAGAGAGGUGCCUGGAGGCCUGGUGCCUCCUUCCCCACAUCAGCUCCUCCAGGCAGAGGCUCCUGUCCAGGAGGAGACUAAGGGCUCCAAGCCAAGGUCUCUGGGAACACCCCACAGCGGGAACUUUGAGGAGAGCAUUCCCAGGAACUCAUCUCACAGGUGCACGGCUCCAGCUACUGCCUUCCUGAUCCAGGAGGCUCUGGUUCGAGGAGGACUAGACUCCUUAGCAGCAGAUGCUAACUUCGUCAUGGCAACAGGCCAGGCCCUGGCGGAUGCCUGCCAGAUGGAACCAGAGGAAGUAGAGGUGGCGGCAACAGAGCUACUGAAGCAAGAAUCCCCAGAGGGCAGGGCCAUGCCCUGGGAGGCUUGA